GCGUUUGACUACUGGGGAAAAGGAACCAUGGUCACUGUUUCAUCCGGAGCCUCAUCGGUGCCGACGUCCAUCUUCGCACUGUCACAAUGUGGAUCUGACGGUGGAUUCGUCACUCUGGGUUGCGUUAUGUCCGGAUUCUUGCCAGCCGACUCACAGAAGUUUAAAUGGAAAGGCCCAAGUGGACAAGACCUUACUGACUUCAUACAAUACCCAGACAUUCCCAAGGAUGGAAAGUACUCCAAGAUGAGCCAGAUUCGCGUACAGGCAGCAGACUGGGAAGCAAAGAAAACUUUCACCUGUGAAGUGGACGGCGCCGCCGCCAAGACGCCUGGAGUAACUACGGCUGGUGUAAAAAAGCUAGAGCUGCCUUUGACUACACUGACUGUAGUGCCACAGAGUCCUGUGUUCACUGGAGAGACGGUCACUCUGACGUGUGUGAUAGAGUCUCUCAGUGGCUGGACAUAUAAGUGGUAUAAGGGCUCCAGCAGCGUUCUAGUGUCAAAGGUAAACACCUACACCAUCAGUGGAGCUGCUGAGUCUCAUAAGGGCCAGUACUGGUGUCAGGGGGAGAGCACAGGCAGACCCUCAACAUCACAACCAAGUGGGAAUACAACUCUUGAUGUCAAAGAGCUGCCUUUGACUACACUGACUGUAGUGCCACAGAGUCCUGUGUUCACUGGAGAGACGGUCACUCUGACGUGUGUGAUAGAGUCUCUCAGUGGCUGGACAUAUAAGUGGUAUAAGGGCUCCAGCAGCGUUCUAGUGUCAAAGGUAAACACCUACACCAUCAGUGGAGCUGCUGAGUCUCAUAAGGGCCAGUACUGGUGUCAGGGGGAGAGGACAGGCAGACCCUCAACAUCACAACCAAGUGGGAAUACAACUCUUGAUGUCAAAGAGCUGCCUUUGACUACACUGACUGUAGUGCCACAGAGUCCUGUGUUCACUGGAGAGACGGUCACUCUGACGUGUGUGAUAGAGUCUCUCAGUGGCUGGACAUAUAAGUGGUAUAAGGGCUCCAGCAGCGUUCUAGUGUCAAAGGUAAACACCUACACCAUCAGUGGAGCUGCUGAGUCUCAUAAGGGCCAGUACUGGUGUCAGGGGGAGAGGACAGGCAGACCCUCAACAUCACAACCAAGUGGGAAAACAACUCUUGAUGUCAAAGAUCCCAUCAGGUUGUCAGACCAGCUCCCGGUGGAGCUAACCCCGCCAUCAUCAAGAGAAAUAUUCCUCUAUAGAAAAGCAGAGUUGCAGUGUAUCACCAGAGAUACAGAAUCAGCUCUGAAUGGUACUAAAGUCACAUGGACGGUAGGAGGACGAGAUCGGAGUGGCAGCGCUAAAGUACAAAGAGUCAAACUGGAAAAUGGCCUGUCAGGCAUGAUCAGCAAACUACAGGUGGAUUUGAAUGAGUGGUUCUCUGGAGCGGAGAUUGAGUGCCGCGUGUCCGAUAAGCACAAUAAGCAAGUGAAGGGAAGCCCACAGAAAAUAAUGAUCAAAAAAGGUGGUGCAGAUCCUGAAGUGCUCAUCUACACCCUCCCUGAGGCAAGAGACCCAAACCAUGAAUCUGUGGUGUGUGAGGUCAGGGGCUCUUCUCUAGGAGAUGUGUACAUCAUGUGGCAGGUGAAUGGAGGACCGUACCAGGAGGGAAAGACCGGCGUUGUGAAACAACAGAAUGGCAGCAAGUCGCAUGUCAGCAUACUGACAGUCAAUUCAUCCGGUUCAGACUUAACUAAGUUCACCUGCGCGGUCAGGCAUAGUGGCAUGAAAAACUACACUUCUCCAAAAAUGGCGGAUUACUCAAAACGUGAGCCUGGGGUGGGAGAUGAAGAUGUCCUGCUCUGUACAAAGAGUGAGGAUGAGGAGGAGGACGAAUACAGCAGCAUGUGGUCCACCACCACCUCCUUCAUAUUCCUCUUCCUCUUCUCUCUGGUCUACAGCGCUAUCCUCAGUCUUGUCAAGGUGAAACACUGACAACAAUGAACAGGAGAGAGGGGAAACAGUGGCAAGUCAUCAUAUUUUUGUGCAGUUUGUAUUUCUAUAAAUUGUCUACAAUGUUGUUAUCUAAAUCUCUGUCCAAAUUGUACUUUUCAGAUCUAAAUUGUAAUUUAUGGGCCAGUAAUUUCUGUGAAGUUGUAUUUGCAUUACAGAAAUGUUUCCAUUUUUGUUUUUAUCACAUUUUGUUCUUAUCACUGACUGAACAAAGAAAAGAUUAAUCACUGAUUAGUUUUAUGCUUGAUUGUUUUAUCAGCGUUUGUUUCAGGUUAAUUGAAAAUAGAGGAGUCUUGUCUUGCACAUAUGUAUAGAUAGAGCUUACCUGCAAUACUUUUCCAACAAAUAAAAAAUAUUGUGCUGGUGCUACACAUGCUGUUAAAUUCUGUUGCAUGAUUUUAAAUGUUACAUGCCAAAUAAAAAUGUUAAACGUAAAUGUAAAACGCACAAAGUAUUCGAAAGCAAAUUAUGGCUAUUUCUAGACCAGCUAAUCCCAGAGGGUUGAUUUGUUCUUUCAGUUGUACAGAAAUAAACGUAUUUCAACUUG